UAAAAGGAAACCUGGAGGGAAAAGGGAGAAGGAGGAAAAACCCGAAGCCAGAGAGAACCCUCCUAGACCGGGUGGAAAGAAGUGAACAACACAGACAAUGGAGGAAACUGAUCCUCGGGAACUUAUCCAAAUAUUCUCUCUGUCUUCUACACAUACUCUCUUCCCUGCUCUCUCCACAUAUCUGCCCCCUCUGACUUAAGCAUCGGAGGGCCGGCGCCGGGGAGCCCGGCCACCGGUUUUCUUGCAGGACUUACGUCCCCCAGGAGGACGCCACCUGUCGGCACGCCACCGACCACCGCUCCUGCGGCGGAGCUCCACCCUACAGGAGAACGCCAGUAGCCGGCGCACAGUCAUCCACCGUUCCUGCGGCGGAGCCCCUCCUUCCCCGGCUUCGCGGCGGCCCCCGGGUCCAAUUUCCAGCAACAAGUAUAAUUAUCAAAUAAUAAAUAAUUCUUAUUGAAAGCUCUACCGGUCGAAAUUCUACUAUCAACCACAACCCUAUAAGAAUAUAUAGAAAUUUAUAAUUUCCUACCUUACACAUCUAGCAAAUGUUAAAAUUGCGAUGGUGAUAUAUGAGGCAGCAUUCCAAUAGGCCACAUCCAAUCAUGCAAAUCACAAAUAACAAUAACUGUGAUUGGAAAACAGGUCCAAUUCAGUCCUGAAACGCUGACCAUAAACAAUUCAAGAAAAAGUUUUCAUACGGUUACUAUUUUUUUACCUUGUUUUAAUUUCUUUGUACUUCUUUUCAAUCAAUCGAAAAAAAAUUCUUUGUACUUCUUUGUCUCGUUGUGAUGUUUUUUAUGUAAUUCUUCAAUUUCCUUAGAAAAUGAAAGGGAAAAAAAAUGGGGAAGCGGUGAAGAUGGGAUCGGGUGUUUGAGGUGGCGCUCUGAUGAUCAGUCAAGGUUCCCUGACCUCGGCAAUUUCCUCGGUCCAUCCAUCGCUUUUCUUGUAUGCUUACUAGAUUGUCAGUUUCUCUACAAUACGAAACUAAUUUAUUUAUACUUUCUCAAAAGUUGACUUUGGAUAAUUUCAGGUAGCAAACUAGAGGAAACAGUUCAAUCAUUCACCACCAUCGCUAAUCAGCUAUGAACAUUGUCCUGCGACAAAGACUGUGAUUGAACGGGAACCUCCAGUUAUAAACAAUUCAGAAGAGAACAGAACUCCCCUCGCUUAGCUUCAACAAGACAAAGUAAAGGAAAAGGGAAAAGCAAAGAUUUCUUUUGUGAAAAAGAGGAGAGUGAAAUUUGUGUCGUGAACUCGUGAUUGGUUGAAAAAAAAGGGGAAAAAGUGUUAGAAUACAGGAACAGGAAAGCAAGUAGAUUUCGCGCCCUUAAUAGAAAAGCAAAAGGAAAAUGGAAAGGAUUAAAGUAGCUAUUUCAGAAAAAGCAGAUAAAUAUUUCAGCAAAAAAAGCAGAUAACUUGAACAAAAAAAAAUGUCGAGACUUUUUGACAUGAUCUUGAAACCACGCCCUGCCAAAAAUGUUAAUUUUUUUAUUCUCAAAUGCUUGCAAGUCUGAAGACACUAGACAAAAGAUGUUUUUUUUUUCAUUUAAGAAAACAAAAACUAAUCAAACUUUAUCAGCAAUCUUCACAUUAGAAUAUCCUAUUUGUGUUAUGACACCUCAUGAAUAAGAUGGUGCACGCAUAACUUACAGCAAUCUUGAAGAUGAGGGCAUAUAUUAAGAUAAUUGAAUUUAUAUGCUAUCCUAUUGAUGUGAAAACAACAAACUUCUCCAUCAAACUUGGUAAUCUUAAUACAAGUAUACAACCAUCUAGUCUAGGACAUUGAUUUCAUGCCCGUGAAUGGACUAGGUAUGUUCACCUAAAAUGUCAUGGAACACCACGAUGUUUGUGAGGUGAGAAACAACUAAUUUUGAUUGAAGCAUAGUAUCUAUGCACAUGAAGAGUUCCUUCCUCUUACCACGGGCACCAGGAGACUAAUGUAACCCGCAAAAAUUAAUGUAAUACAAGUUUUGAUUGUUGAGUUGCCACUCCGGCAUUAUAUAGGCUCAGAAAACUUCCAUACACAUUUACAAAUGAGCUAAGACAUUUUUUUUGAGAUUCUCUAACUUUCGUAUGUAACAACGUAGAGUCUCAUCCAAAAAAAACUAGCCAGAAAAUAUUAUUUAAGUUUUUUAACCAUGUAUAAGUACCUAAAAUUUAUCUAGUCACACACCAGCACGGAUCCUCACAUACUCACUCAUUUAAGCCCAAACAUCUUUGCUAGGCUAAAGAUCCAGAUUUAUUCAAAUCUAAUCACAAGCACCAUGAUUGAUUCAUGACCAGUCCUAAUGAGCAUGUGUUGCAGCAUUCCUUAGUCUAUAUAGAUCAUAGAUCAAAUCUGACCAUUUAUAAUAACUCAAGACCUCACUUAAAAAGAUUAGCCAAAAAGUAUUAUUUGAAUUCAUCGAUCCUAUAUAAGUAUUCAAAAUCUAUCCAACGCAUAGCCGAUGUGAAAAUGCUUGCAUAGAUCCUUACAUCAUUUGUUUAGCAUAUCAUCUAUUUUUCGAACCAUGGUUGGGCCUUAAAAUCUGGACCAUGUUUUUAUCACUCAACCAGCAGUGGGACCCAUGUUUUUAUCCCUUAAUCACUGAUUCUAGAAGCUAUAUCCUCUCCGCUUCAAUAACAUCAUCAGUCUAUUAUAACAGGCCCCCAUCAAAAAAUAUUAUCGUCCAAAAAUCCGUGUUUGUCUCCUUUAAGGAAAUUAUUUAGUAAUAAUCAAAGAGAAUAUUACACCAGCAUUAUAACAUAAAAUGAUAGGUAACAACGAAAGAAAACACAAAUUAUUGUUUUCCGAAUCACUGGUCACUUUAUCUAAUUUUGUGAUUGUACCAACUUCUUUUUGAAGGGAAACUUGGUGUAGAAAUUUGAAAUUGUUUUAUUUAAAAAAUAGAGCAAAAGAUAAAUAGCAGCCACUAUUUUCAUUAUAUAAAGGACAUCAUAAUAAAGUAACGAUCAAAUAAUUGCCCUUAUUUAAACAAUCCUUAUCGUCAUGUAUAAAUAUAUUAUUUGCUUUAGCUAGGACCAACUUUUUUGAAGAGAAAAAUGAUGUAGAAAUUUUAAAAACAUUAUUAUUUAAAAAAGGUAUAAAGUUACAAAUACUGUCCAUUUUGUCUGAUGUUAUUUAAAUAACUCUUAUCAAUAUGCAUAGCAUAAUGAAUCCCUACAAAACCAUUAUAGGAGCAUAUAUAACGUUACAAUGACUCUCACUUUAAACCAUGCAAGGCAAUCUAAAAGACCUAACAACUCUGUACCAAAAAAAAAAAAAAGAAUCAACAACUGGAUGUCCAAACUUUUAAUUAUAAAACCCCUUUUUCUAAUUAAUUCAAAAAUCUUGCCUUUUAGAAUCCCCUUCCACUUUUCUUUUCUUCUUGGGAUGCCUUUCUUUCCUUACCCAUUGUAGUUCCCAUUACUAGCGCCAUGGCUUGCUAAUAAAUCUCAUUAUUCUAUUUCAAUUUUGCUAUAAAAGAGUCUGACACCCAUUGUAUUCGGAGAUUGCCUUGAUGGUUGGUCUCAGUGAUGCCGUUGAAUAAUUUCUAUUUCAAUGACUCGAUCGGAGUAAAACCAAGCUCGAUUCACGAUAACUGGGUGAACAUCUCGGUGCAUUUUAUCCUAUCGGUGCUCACGCAACAAAGACAUCAACACAAAGCAAGCAUUCGAAUUUGGACGCGGUUUAGCUCGCAGUGAUCGGCUUUCGCAGGAAAGCCGGGAGCUGGCCCGAAGAGGCCACGCGUGCCAAACUAAAGGGCAAAAAAUACAGGAAAAGCAUCGGUUCGCACCGGUCAGCCGGCACGAGUCCUCUCCCAUCUUCCUGCCCUGCGCGCAUCUCUUCCGAAGAAGAAACGGAUAACCGCUACUGAAGGCUCCCAUAGCAACAACUAAAACUAUUCUACCAAGCAGAGAGGAGCCUAUCCCUCCAUGGAGCUAGAUUUAGGGCUUAGAAUAAGCAGGGCCAUUGAAAACCUUACCUUCUCGUCCACCGAGACAGAGACCGUCUUCGUCCUUCUCGCGCACCUUCCAGGCUUCAAGAAGGAUGAGAUCGAGAUAUCGAUUAACGAGACGGGAACGCAGAUUAGUAUCAGCGGGGAAGGAGAGAGGUCAUCCAUAGAAACAACGAUAUCAAGGCGACUAAUGUUGGCUACGGAAGUGAUCGAACGGUUUCAAAAGGUGUUUGGGAUUCCUAAUAGCGUGGCUUUGGACCGGAUCGAUGCGGGGUUUGACGAAGAGAACGCCGUUCUCAUUGUUUUGAUGCCCAAAUUGAUCCAAGGAGAUGUUUCUGGAGUCGAAAUCGAAGAAAUCAAACAAGGAGAGGACCAAGAAGAAGAAGGAAAAGAAGGGGAAGAGGCUUCUUUAGAACAAGACAAGCAAGAAGAAGGUGGGGCUACAAGUAAAGAAGAAGAGCAGGAAGAAAAAGGAAAAGACAAAGAAGCUUCGAUAACAGAAGAUGAACAAGAAGAAAAGGGUAAAGACGAUGAAGUUUUGAUGAAAGAAAAAGAGCAAGAAGUAAAAGGGGAAGGCGAAGAGGCUUCAUUAAAAGAGCAACAGGAAAAAGAAUCUUCAUCAGAACGGAAUCAUGAAGACCAAGAAUUCCACAAAUUCUACGAACCGGAAACAGAUCAAAAUGGAGAGCCGGAGCUUGAAAAGGAGCAGAUGGGAAUGGAAGAAAAGAUACCAAAAGAGGAAAUAGAAGAAGAGAGGGAACCCAGAGUGGUGCCCCAUGAUUUGGAUGAAGAGCCUCCAUCAUCGGAAGCACCAGAGCCAAAGGAAGCAGAACACGAGAAGGAAUUGCAAAUUCCCAUGGCACCUCCGACACCUCCAGUACCAGUGGAAACCCAUGAUUUGGAUGAAGAGCCUCCAUCAUCGGAAGCAUUGGAACCAAAGAAAGCAGAACACGACAAAGAAUUGCAAAUUCCUAGAGCUCAUCCACGUCAGGAACCAGAGCAAGAAGACGAAUUACCUCCAGAAGAACUUCCCACGACGGGAACACCAAAAAUGGAUCGAGCUACAGAUCGAUCUGAGGAACAAAGGGCACGAGACAGCGUAAUCUUGGGAGAUGAGGCACCGGAUCGACCCUUAGAAACCAAAACCCUAGAUUCUGCAGAGAAGGACCAAGAUUUAGGGCUCGGGGAAGAGGUCGGGGUGGAGAAGAGGGAAGAGAACGGGAACGGGUCGGAAAAAAAGGGGCGGAAGAAGGGGAAGGGGAAAGGCUUGUCGCUUCCCCUUAGCCCGUUACUGGCCAGCUCGGCAUUUAUAGUGUCGCUUGCAAUCCUCGCCUUCCAUUUUCUCAGGAGUAGAAAACGAACGAGCUAGUGGGGUUGGGUUGAUGUGCAUGUGU